CCGCGCGCUCAUUCUUUCCUAUAGAAACUCUCUACACCUGACAAAAAUGCUCGCAUUCAAAGCUGAAGAGCAGAGCCAGCUACAGCUCGUGGAAAGAGAAGAAAUAGAAGAUGAAGAAGACUUGUUUGAAGCAAUUGAUAAAUUGACGGCUCAUGGAAUCAAUGCUGGAGAUGUGAAGAAGCUGCAGGAUGCUGGCAUCUACACAUGCAAUGGCUUAAUGAUGCACACCAAGAAGAGUUUGACUGGAAUCAAAGGAUUGUCCGAGGCAAAAGUUGAUAAAAUCUGUGAAGCUGUAGAGAAGAUAGUGAACUUCGGUUACAUCACUGGAAGCGAUGCUCUGCUGAAAAGAAAAGCAGUUGUUCGCAUCACAACUGGAAGUCAAGCUCUAGAUGAACUUCUAGGGGGUGGGAUAGAAACUCUGGCAAUUACAGAAGCUUUUGGAGAAUUCAGAUCUGGGAAAACACAGCUGGCGCAUACUCUCUGUGUUUCCACACAGCUUCCUGUUAAUAUGAGAGGAGGCAACGGAAAGGUUGCUUACAUUGAUACUGAGGGGACGUUCCGACCAGAUCGAAUUAUACCUAUAGCUGAAAGAUUUGGAAUGGAUCCAGGAGCUGUACUUGACAAUAUCAUAUAUGCUCGCGCUUAUACAUACGAGCAUCAGUACAACCUGCUUCUUGGUCUAGCAGCCAAGAUGGCUGAAGAGCCUUUCAGACUUUUGAUUGUUGAUUCGGUGAUAGCCCUCUUUCGAGUAGACUUCACAGGAAGAGGAGAACUUGCAGAACGCCAGCAAAAGUUAGCUCAGAUGCUCUCAAGAUUGAUGAAGAUUGCUGAGGAAUUCAAUGUUGCUGUGUAUAUGACCAACCAGGUUAUUGCCGAUCCUGGAGGAGGAGUCUUUAUAUCAGAUCCGAAGAAGCCAGCAGGAGGGCAUGUUUUGGCUCAUGCAGCCACCAUAAGGCUAAUGUUCAGGAAGGGCAAAGGUGAACAACGUGUGUGCAAGGUUUUUGAUGCUCCCAAUCUUCCUGAAGCUGAAGCAAUAUCCUUUCUUUUUGUGUUAAACUUAGUACUUAAUAUAUUCAAUCUUGAUUGAAUUCUGUAACAAGGUUGAGAGUUGGCAAUGUUCUAUUCCCGGCCCAAGUUGCACGAGCAUGAAUUCACUUGGCAACUAAGCAUUGAAGCUGUGAAGUCAGAUGCAUAUAUUCAUUUGCUGGUUUUUCUUAACAGAAGCAAGUUUUCCAGAUAACUCCAGGUGGAAUUGCAGAUGCAAAGGAUUGAAUCAGCCACAAUGCCCUUCUAUUGUUGGUUCAAGUAAAUGCAAAAGGUAUCCUAAUUAAGACGGAUUUCUUAGUUGUUACUUUCAAAUGUAAAGCUUUACAAAAAAAACCGGAUAUGCUUAGGUUUACUGCCAGACGUGUUCUUACGCUCAUUCACUCAAUGUAAAUAUUUUCCCUUUGCCAAUAUUCCUAUCAUUUUAAAAUGGAAUCAACUGGCCACGUACAGGAGCUAUAUGUGGUUAUGUCACUAAACUUAUAAUAGUUUUGACGACUCGAUGUUGCAAAUAGACCGCUAAGCCUUAGGGCUAACUUCAAAUUCUAUAAUUUGAACUAGAAAAGGGAAUAAUAUAAUAUAGAAAUGUCAGAGUAGACCACAUAAGACCAAUACUCGAUGCAUUACCACUGCUCCAAAAUGGAAGUGCUGUUAUUCUUAUGCAUAAUUCAAGACCAUUAAAAUAGCUUAGCAUGGGAGUGUGAAUCUGAAACAGAACACCGGAAACAUUCCUUUACAGCUACAUAAACUCGAUCACAGUACUACUAAGAUUCAUAAAGCUCACAUCCGUAAUAAGAAGUCAUCAAGAUCCCCAUAAUAAAGGGUACGUUAAAUGCAAGGCCAAGUAAUAACGAAAACUUUGCAGUGAGGGAUAUCUUAUCAUGUCACUUCAAUAGUUCUGGGACCAAUUCGCAUCACUACCAACUCUAGGCAUUCCAGCUUUUUCUUUCCGUGACGCCU